CUGAUAUUAUUUAUUAUGACUAUGUCCUAUUGUAAAUCUUCAUUCAAUUAAAAUGUGAUUACGAAAUGUUAUUAUUAUCUUUCAGUACUUGAAAUCAUGAGUCAAUUGAAGCUAGACCAACAUUGAAAACCUGGAAGUAUUGCACAGCGGUUUCAUCCUAUUGUGAGACUUCUCAGCAGUGCGCAUCUAAGACCCUGCCCCACGGGAUUCGAACCCAGGACCUACGAGUCUUGCGCCAGGCGCUUAACCAUCAGACCACUGAGCUGACAUACAACAGUGUUAAUGUCUCAAUUCAACUAAUCCACGAAAUUGAGAGACACAUCCACCAUUGUCUUCAUUGAGUUCCUAUCUCACAACAGACCCGUUUGAAUUCCACUGGUCACUGCUUCUCAAUAGAACUCCAGGAAAUACCUCAUUUUCAAAGUUUAAUGUUUCUACAUAACAUGAUGAACUCUUUCUAAACCAUAUUCUUAAAGGAAAACAGCGACGACAACAAUAACAACGACGAAAGUAACAACAAUAAUAAUCAUAAUAACAACAAUCAUUAUUCAUGUCUUUAAUGACAGCUGAUUUAUCAAAUCAAAUUCCAACUGUAUUAAUAAUGUUAGGUAUUAUUUGUUUAAUUGGAAUAUUUGGUAAUACACUUGUAAUUAUUGUAUAUUCAUUAAAACAAGAUCGUUUAACAGCUACAUUAUUUAUACUUAUAUUAGCUAUAUCAGAUUUUUUAGCAUGUAUUACAUUGAUACCUGGUACAAUGAUUAUAGAAUAUGUUGAAUGGAAUAUUGAUUCAACAUUUUUAUGUAAAUUUUAUUAUUUUAUAAAUAAUACUUUUAUACCAUUCAGUAGUUUAUUAAUUAGUUGUAUAGCAUUUGAUAGAUAUUUUUGUUUAUGUCAUCCAUUUAAAAAUAUUUUAACAAGAGAACGAGCUAAACGUGUCAUUUUAAUAUUGAUUUUUAUAUGUAUUAUAUUAGGAUUUAGUUCAACAUUUACUGUUAGAGUUGAACAAGUUCAUUUUGAUACAAAUAUAAUCAAUAAUAAUGAUAAUAAUAAUAAUAAUCGUCAUAGCAACAAAACUAUAGAUUAUAAUUCAACUAUCAAAUUUGAUUAUUCAUUUAAUUCAUAUUAUAAAAGUGAAAAAUUUGAAUGUACAGAAAUAUUAAAAUUAAAUCAUACAAUGAUAGAAACAGUUCUAUAUCAGAUUGUACAAAAAAGUCAAACAUGCAGUUAUAUUUUAUGCAUUCUCUGCGUCGUUACACUUUAUAUAUUGAUUUAUCGUUCAGUAUCAAAAGUAUUUAAAAAACGUUUAGAAUUAAAAGGUGUAAAAAAAGAGAAUAAAAACCAUAAAAAAAUCGAAAAAAAUCAUAUAAAAAAGAAAAACUGUGAAUUUACAUUUAGAAAUUUAUUUAAUUAUCAAUCGAAAAAAAUAAAAAUAUCCCCAAUGAAAUUAACAUUAACAAAUCAAGAUAAUCCAUUCACUAAAUGUGAUGGAUUCAAUCAACAUAUAAAUAAUACUAUAAUAUCUGAAUCAAAUUAUACGGAAACAAUGAAACCAUUAAAUGUUUUAUCAUGUAAUACUAUUGAUAUAAAAAAUAAUGAAGAAAUGAAUGAUCCAUCACAAAAACACGAUCAUCAUCAACAACAACACCACCACCACGAAGAACAACAGCAACAGCACCAUCACCACCACGAACAACAACAACAACCACAAACAAUGAAAUCAAAUACAUUGGUUCCUAUAAAUUGUUGUCAUAAUACAGAAUCAGUAAUGAUUCAACCAAUUACAUUAAAUUAUGAAACCAAUUUAAGUAUAAAUGAAGAGAAAACACGUCGUUCAAUGAAAACAAUCAAAGAUAAUAUUGCAUUUCAAAAUUUAAAAACAGCAGCAAUGUUAUUUGUUGUAGCCGUUGUUUAUAUUGUGACAUUUAUACCAGCUAUGUUAAUGGCUAUACAAUAUGUACCAUUAUAUUUACCAAUAUUUUAUUUAUAUUAUAUAAAUAAUGCAAUUAAUCCAAUUAUAUAUGGUUUUAUGAAUCCAAAUUUUCGAGCUGAUAUACAUCUACUUAUUUGUCAAAAAUUAAAAUGUAUAUAAAAUGAAUAUGAAUGAUACUUAACAAUAAUGAAUAAAGUGAAUAGAUCAUUUGAUUCAAUUAUAUAUUGUUGAAUAAAAAGAUCUAAUCUUAUUCUAAAUAAUUCUCCGCACAAAGUAUUUCAGCAAGUUUCCGUUUCUUAAUUCUUGGUCGACCCUUGCAAUAGAUGGUGAGUGGUCACCAAUUAGAAUUUAACAGUUUAGUCUGUAGUGUGGCGUCGAGUCGCGGUUGACUAUAAUCACCACUACAGGAAGACUACGUGCCAGUUAACCGAUAAGAUCGUCCGUAAGCCAAAUAUCAGAAGGCAGGUGAUGGCUGUAGUCAAGAUGUAUUUGUUGCGAUCUCGUGGUAUCGAAAGAAUACCGAGAUCGUGCCAGGUUACAAGUGUGGCUACUGAGCGUAACCGAACUCGUGCAAGGUCAAAAUCAACAGAAGAAUGUAUAUGUUUUGGUACAGUCAAACAAAUAAGCACGGUAAAACAAUCCCCGGUACAAUUGGUUAUAAUGAUAAUUGUUUCCAUUACACCAAUCGCGUCCUCCUGAAAAAAAGUGGGUCAAUAUAAGUCAACAGAAAUCUAAAUAAUCUACAUUCUUUUCGAUGCAUAUUGUCAGCAAUCACGAUAUCUCUGAUUGGUCAUUUUUCAGCUUAUACAACGAAAGGUUGCACACUUUUCAGAAACGCAACUGAAUGGGUUAUGCGACUGAUAGACAUAAUGAUGUAUUGAAACAAACAAAAUUAGAUAACUUGAUGAAAUAUCUAGAUGUCAGGAAACAAGUAGCCCAGAUGUUCAAGCAGUUAUUUAUAGGAGAAUGCAUGAGGCCAGUCGAUGCUGGAGAAGGAGACAAGGAAGUACACGUGUUCUACUACAAUAAGCAGGAGAAGAAAUGUAUGCCAUUUAUCUACAAAGGUGAAGGAGGCAAUAGAAACAGGUUCUCGACACUGCAAGAAUGUGAAGAGAGAUGUGUGAAGAAGAGAGGAAAAGGGAAACCAAAACGCAAACCACAUACGCCAUCAUCACGAGGUAUGGCGCAAACCGAUAAAGGAAUAUAGACAUUUGAACCACAUAAUCCAAUCCACAGACAAAUAAACAUUCGUUUCCAAAUCUCUUAUUAUCUUGUUCUAAUACGCUUCAAUUGAACAGGAAGAUAGGUUACAGACAUCUGACGAAGAGAGUACGUGGUGAACAAGCGCACACACACGCUCCGAAAAUACGAUCUAGGAUACAAACGAAUAACUGGCAAGUUAAAUUACACUUGUUGAUAGUGACUGAAUAAUGAAUGAUCUGUGCAAAACCUAGAACGAUUGACGUAGGCGAAAGAUGAUAUGGAGUGUUUGCUUCACUCGAAAGUUGCGUUUGUUUGUACUAGCUGUAUUCUCCAACACGGCUUGAUGUUUUGUUGGUUGAUUUUGUGUAUCCGGAUAGACCGGCUAACACAAUGACGGCAUUUCGUUGUAGGGUGACAGAUCGACACCGACUAACACUUAAGGUACCAACUUAG